AUGACUCGCGCGAAACACCAACGUUAUACUCGUUCCAGUGGCUUGAAUCCAAAAGAGGAUCUUGAUAAGUUUCUAACCGAACACAUCAAUUACUUACAAAGGGAAAAAAAACGAGUUGAAAGGUUCUUCAAAGAAAAUAGAAUAAACGGCAAAAAUUUAGAAACAAAUUUGGGAGAACUAGAAGUAAUCAUUAAAGAAAGAGAUGAUUAUUUGAAAAAACUUGAAAAAAGCAUUGAAGAAAGAAAUGAAUUUAAGAAGAGUAUAGACAAAUAUAAAAUUACACAAAAAAUCGCGAUUGAAUUGAUAAAUAAACUAACAAUAGAAAAGAAUGAAUAUAAAGAACAAAUCACUAGACUAAGCGAUCAAAACCAACAAUACCAACAAGAAAUCACUACACUCGAAACUAUGAGAAGCUGGAGCGGAAUUACGAUUGCCAGGCAAAAUUUACGAAUAAGACAUUUAGAAGAUUAUGUAGAAAGUUUCAGUUCGUUAGGAAGAGAAAGAAUGCCGAGAAUCCAGCAAGAAAGAAUGCCGAGAAUCCAACAAGAAAGAAUGCAACAAGAAAUCAAUAGACUUCGCGAAGAAACCCAUUUUCUAAGUCAGGUCGUGGGAGGAAGAAUGAUAGCAGGAGCCAUCAAUGAACUUCGUGAUGACAACCAAUGUCUUGAUCAGGAGAACCAACUCCUUAAUCAGGAUCUUGAAAUAGUGAGAAGGCUUGGCGACAAUCAGAUUGCUAGUCAAAAUGGUCAAAUAAGAAAUUUGCGGGAACAAGUAGAACAAUAUAGUGCGCAACUAAGAGAAAGAGGAAUUCCUACAAUACCGAUGUUAAUGAGAGAAGAUGCUUUCCUUCACGGAGAUGAUGCUUCCAUUCUCGAAGGAGAAGAUAUGGAUAUUAAUUAA